AUGGCCCUUCCCAGUGCGCCGUCUAAUAUUCCAGUCUUCUUAUACACCUUAAAAACUUCGAAACAAAAAAAUACGGGCUGUUUAGGCGGCCUUCUUCGUUUUCGGAAAAAAAAGCACAAAGACUUUCAAGGCUUCAAUAAUCUGUCUAUACCAUGUUUUCACACAGAUGCUAAAGAAUAUUUGGUCUCAAACCCAAAGGAGUACAAAGUUGUUUACAACUAUUUUGCAACUUACCUCAAUGAAAUUCAAAGCCAAACAGAUGAACUUAUGCACGCAAUCAAGAACAGAACUAAUUUUAGAGUCAUGAAUUCUCAAAAUUUACAAGCUUUAAUCUCGGAGACGUCGAAUUUUAUUGAUACAAAAUUCAACGAGUACUCCUUAAUCAACAUAGAUGACUGGGAGUUUCUAUACUAUAAAGCAAAAAUUGGUUCUUCACCUCAAGCUUACAGUUCACUCAAGACUUUAAAAUCAGCAACAGAUAAACGAUUCAGUGAUUUGAAAUGCUUUCUUUGGAAUCAAGCUAAUCAAAGCUCCCAAAAGUAA